AUGCCAAGCGAGACGAGUCAAUUCGGUAUCGAAACCGACGCGAUCACUUUGGCGCGAUUCGUGCUUCAGGAGCAACGGAAGCAUGCUGAUGCCAGUGGAGAGCUCACCAGCUUGCUCACGAAUAUGCUCGUUGCCAUUAAGGCCAUUGCUUCAGCCACACAAAAGGCUGGACUCGCUAAAUUGUACGGAAUCGCCGGAUCGACCAAUGUCCAAGGAGAAGAAGUGAAGAAAUUGGACGUUUUGAGUAAUGAAUUGAUGAUUAACAUGUUGAAAAGCAGUUAUACGACAUGUCUUCUGGUUUCUGAAGAGAACGAUGAGCUGAUUGAAGUGGAGGAGAAGAGACGUGGAAAAUACAUUGUGACCUUCGAUCCACUCGACGGAUCGUCCAAUAUCGAUUGCCUUGUUUCCAUUGGAACUAUCUUUGGAAUCUACAAGAAACAAGGAGACGGACCAGCCACUGUCGAAGAUGUUCUCAAACCAGGAAAGGAAAUGGUCGCUGCUGGAUAUGCUCUCUAUGGAUCCGCUACGAUGGUUGUCUUGUCGACUGGUGAUGGUGUGAAUGGAUUCACCCUCGAUCCAUCUAUCGGAGAGUUCAUUUUGACUCAUCCAAACAUGAAAUGCAAGGAAAAGGGAUCGAUUUAUUCUCUGAAUGAGGGAUACGCCAAGACAUGGAGCAAAGGAUUCGCUGAGUACAUCCGUACUCGUAAGGAACCAGAACCAGGAAAGAAAGCGAUGGGACAAAGAUAUGUUGGAUCCAUGGUUGCUGAUGUUCAUCGUACGAUUCUCAACGGAGGAAUAUUCUUGUAUCCACCGACUGCUUCGGCUCCAAAUGGAAAACUUCGUCUGCUGUAUGAAUGCAAUCCAAUGGCUUAUAUCAUCGAGCAAGCCGGAGGAAUGGCGACAACUGGAAAGGAACGCAUUCUCGAUAUUCAGCCAACUCAGAUCCAUCAACGUGCUCCAAUCAUUUUGGGAUCGAAACUCGACGUCGAAGAGGCUCUCGAAUACCUCAACAAGUACGAUAAUUAG